UUGGAGGUUCUGUGAAUGGUAAAAAAAGCUGUUUGCUGUUGUAUGAAAACUGUUGAAAUUGGAAUAAAAAUUGACGAAGAUAUUUGAAAUGUAAAAACGACGUGAAUUUGUGCACAGAGUUCGAAAAUUAAUGGCCUUUCUUAUAUAAUAAGUUUGAAAUCACUUUGUACGUAUAGAAUUUGCGAGUGUGCAGUUUUUUACUGCAUAGUUGCAUUUUUUGAAUUUAGAAAUCGUUAAAGAGUCUAAGUUGAAUUCGUUUAUUUGCGCAUCAGACGCCAGUAAUUGUUUCUGAUAAAGAGAACUGAGAAAUGGAGUCUGUUGAUAUGGAGAUUUCGUCUGCUACUGAAGAGGAAGACGACGAUGAUGAAGAAGAGCUCGAUAAACUGCUGAAUUCUUUAACUGGCAUGGAGAAAUGCUUAGUUCCUUUCGAUGAUGAAUCCGAUGACGUAGCAGUUAUUGAACCUGAAAAGGGAAACGAAGCCAAUAAUAACCACAUUGCAGGAGGCAAUCAGACUCGGACUCUCAUGAAAACAAAAGACGGCUCCAAGCAAUGUAAUAGUAUUGAAAUCCGCGACGUUAAUUCGAUCAUAGCGGUAUCACCAGUCGGUUCGAAUGCUUCUACACUUUCAAGGGAAUCCACUCCUCGAAGACACUGCCAAACAGACUGCGAUAAUGGUGCUCGAAGUCCAAUUCCUCAAAUUACUAUCACUCAACUUUCAGAUAAAGAUUCGGAUAACGAUGUUAUUCUGGAUAGUAUUAACGAACGUCAUAAAAAUUUAGAGACUGGAUCUGGUUCAGAUCAUUCCGAUAUUUGCUUCUUGGGCGUUGGACGUGCCACAGUUGAUGAUUCGAAGAUAUCAAAACAAACCUCUACGUUGCCGGAUAAUGGUGAGCUCAAUUCAAAAAGUAGCGAUUCCGGCGUCAUGAUUUGUUCACCUAUAAAUACUGCUACCGAACAUAAUGCCAUAACUCCGGUGCAAACUCAGCCUCAAGAUAGUGAAAAAGCGUCACCACCUAAAGAUGAUGAUUCCGAUUCAGAUUGUCUUAUAGUUGAGCAUAUUGCUGCAUCGGAUCAUCGACUUAACGGGUUAAUCGAUUUGACUAAACCAGAAAAUGAAGAAAAUGGACUGCCUUUGGAGAAUCGUACUGAGGAAUCAUUGCUGAAAGAGAUAUCGCAAAUACGUGAAGCGUUGAUGAAGCAUGCGACCAAAAAGCAUAAAAAGAAUAAAAAACAUAAACAUCAUAAAUCUCAUUCCAGUUCGAAGAAGAAGAAGAAAAGAGCUAAAAGUCGAACAAAAUCACGAUCACCUAGUUUGGAGAAAGUUUCUGAUAACGAGGAAGAAAUUCCAGACGAACCUCGAGUUAUAAUGUUGACAGAAAGUGGCAGGUUGAGUGUAGAAAUUUCAAACCUGCGAUCAAAGUGGGACUCAAGCGGAUCGGACGAUUCUUCAAAAACUACUCGAUCCAAAAGGAAAAAGAGUGUCGAUACCGAAGCUACCAAAUCAAAUGAUAAAGAGACAGCUGGGACUGCCAAAACUUCAGAAUCGACAGAAAAGGAGAUCGUCAACUCGACUGCUACCGCUAUGUGUACGGAAAUGCAAAAUGGUGAUUCUUCUACCACUCAAUGCACAGAAAAAGUGAAUACCGAUUCUUUACCAGAUACUCAACCUGAAGGAGUAAAGAAUGCUGAUCCCACUCAAACGACUGAAUCAAAAAAGAAAGAGAACACCGCAAGCAACCGUAGUAUAGAACCCACCGUCACAGAAAAUGUAUCCGAAAAAAACAAAUCCAAAACGCAAGAAUCGCCCAAAGUGACUGAACCAGCAGAUAAAGCAGAAUCAGAUGACAGUCCAUUGUGGAAUUCCGAUAGUGAAAACAUUCCAGAUUUUAGUCAAAAGUCCAACACUACCGGAACUAAUUUCAAUGACAACUCAACCCCACCCAGACCUGAUUUUAACGACAACUCGAGAGUAACUGUGCUGACAUUUGGUAUAAACAAAGAUUCAUCCAAAAAUUCAUCGUCAUCUGUCGACUCGAAUCCGUUACGAAGAAAAUUAUCUUACAAACCUGAUAAAAAUGAUAAUGCUAAAAAACCACCCCACAAGAAAAUAUUUUGCGAAUCUGGCAAAGAAAUGAAAAGUAAUUUUAGAAGAAGAGGUACACCGAAAAGCUAUCGAGGUCGUGGUUCUAAAAAGGAAUCGUACCCUCCACCUAGCGAUAUCGGCAGCCGUCUGUUCAGAAAAUCGGAUGUUUCAGAUUCUGAGCCUGAAAAACGUCCGCCAAGUGUACCUUCUGCCAGUAAAUCAAAAAGCCAUCGAGGUCGUGGUUCUAAAACGGUAUCGUACCCUCCACCUAGCGAUAUCGGCAGCCGUCUGUUCAGAAAAUCGGAUGUUUCGGAUUCUGAGCCUGAAAAACGUCAGCCAAGUGCACCUCCUGCCAGUAAACCAAAAAGCCAUCGAGUUCGUGGUUCUAAAAAGGAAUCGAUUGCUCCACCUAGCGAUAUCGGUAGCUACCUCUUUGGAAAAUCGGAUGGUUCUGAGUCUGAGCUUGAGAAACGUCAGCCAAUUGCACCUUCUGCCGAUCGAUUCGACAGAUUUAUGUCAGAUUCAGAUUCAGAAAUGCCGAACAAUUCGCCGAUAAGAUCCAAGAGUGUUGGUCGUUUUCAAGAUGCUAUCAACUGGAAAAGUGUACCCGAAUCCAACUAUGGCAGAGGUCGUUCGAGGAGCACCCUAGAAUCACCACCACUGUAUUUGUUUCCACCCGGUCAUCCAAUUCCGCCUCCUGCUCCAAUUAUACGAAGAUCGUUGAGUAGAUCUCCAAGUCGUUACCAUAGCCCUAUUCUUAGUUCCUAUAGAAGUCCUUCAUUUACCUAUCGCAGUUCAUCUCGUCAUAGCAGCAAAGCUCGUUCGAUAACACGCGAAUCGUACUACAGACCAUCUCUAUCUAGAUCACCUUCCCCUGGCAAACGUACUUUCCGAAGCAAAUCUCGCUCUCAUCGUAGCAAAUCUCGUGCCUUGAGAAGCCCAUCUCCUUCUCGUUCACAUCGCGGUGGUUCUCGUCCCGUGAGAAGUCCACCUCGUUACAGUAGAAGCAGAUCACGUGCUUACAGAAGUCCUUCUAUGUCGCGUAGGAGUACAUCUCGUACACGCAGGAGUAAAUCGCGAACAUACAGGAGCCCGUCGCGGUCACGUAGGAGUAAAUCUAGAACAUAUAGAAGUCCAUCUCGUUCACGAAGGAGUAAAUCUCGCACCUACAGAAGCCCAUCUCGAUCUCGAAGUAAAUCCCACAGACGAAGGAGUAAAUCACGCCGAAAUAGUUCAGCAAGCAGUUCUAAUUCUACUAGAUCACCUUCACUUAUACGUGCUGCGAGAGCUUGCAGUCCAUUGGAAGACAUGAGACAGCAGUUGAGAAAGAAUAACGAAGCGGCAGUUCAACAGGCUUUAGGUGGCCUACAAAAGUCUACGAAAGGAAGAGCUAAUUUGAAAGCAUGCAAAGCACGAGUAAUCGACGAUUUAGAUUUAACGACAUCAUCGCCAUCGCCUGAAAUGUGUACUCGUAUACCUACAGAGAUAAGGAACGCACGGAUGGCUUAUUCUGCUACUAUUACUCAAGCUACGCCAAUGCAUUCGAAUAAUGCAAUUGACUCGAGUCGAAAUCAUCGCAUUGUACAUAAUCUUCCCUUAACCGGAUUUAGGCCUCAACCUCAGCCUCUGCCUCAAACCCAACCUAUUCGAAUGCAGCAUCCGAGUUAUAUGCCAAUGACAUAUCCAAUGGUACACAACCCAGGCAUGAUGAAUCAAAUGCCCCUGCCACGAAUUAGUCAUGUGUUUAGUCGAGCAACAGGACCUCCAGAACGGCCGCUAGGGCCUCCGGAUAGACCAUUGGGUCCACCGGAUAGACCACUGGGGCCUCCGGAUAGACCAUUGGGUCCACCGGAUAGACCACUGGGUCCACCGGAUAGACCACUGGGGCCUCCGGACGGACCACUAGAGUCACCGGGCGAAUCUUUUGGACUUGGACCACCAGACGGACCUCUUGGACCACCGGAUAGACCGCUUGGAUUAUCGAACCGAACUCUAGGACCACCGGAUAGACCGCUUGGAUUAUCAAACCGGACUCUAGGACCACCGGAGAGACCGUUAGGUCCUCCGGAAGGACCGCCAGGUCCGCCGGGAAGACGACUGGCAUCGCCGGAGUGUUAUAUGCCGUUGCAUUUCUAUCUUAAUCCUCCCUACAUAAAUAGAUAUGAUAUCUAAAGAUGUUCAAAAACCUCCCAAAGCGAAUACCCCCCCGGCCCGCCCACGUUUGUGAUAUGUCUCCAGUCAUUGCCAUAAUAAUUUUAUAGGUAAGGUACUCGGGAUUGAGUAUAUGUUGUUAACCCUUUUUUUAGUUUAUAUUUUUUAAAGUUUUCGGUGUUUCGUUUUUUAAUUUUUAUUUUUAUGUAAUUAAAUCAAAUUACUUUCUAUAUAUUGAACGAUGCGCAUUUAUAUACGUUUGAAGGUGUUUUUAGACUAUCAUUUUUUUUUUUUUUUAUAUAUGUUACGAGUUAACUGGUUUGAAAAACUGUGAUCUCCCCAAUGUUGUUCUAGAUUUUACAUAUUCUUUGGGAUCCGCGUGAGUAAAAUAAGAUGUAAGGGUUUUGUUCCAAUAAAGCUACAGUGUGUUUUUUUUUGUUUA